AUGACACGGGAUUACAAGGUGCGCAGGGCAACCAAAGAUGAUCUGGAUGAUAUAGCCUCUUUAACCUAUGUGCAGAAAGCCAAAUGGUUUGGUAACAAACGUGCCAAAUAUGGAGCCAAGGAUAAUCUAUUCAAGAGCUAUCAGACCCAUCGUCUGGUCGUGGAGACAAAUCAAGAAAAUAGCAGUCUUGUGGCAUAUGCCGAGUUCCGGAACUAUCCAGCAAUCGGUCCAUUGCUGAGCGACAGUUGGUUAGAGUGGCUAAACGAAAGAUAUUGCAUUGUUGACAAUAUAAGCUGGAUGAAUACGCUUUUCUUCAACUAUUGCAUCUAUGCCAGCGAUCAUCCAAAUGUCCUACGCGAUGUUCUGCUAGAGGUCUUCUAUAUUGAAAUUCGUGUUACAUAUGUGAUCGCAGUUAAGAUGCCCGUACUUCCCCAUUACAGUAGCUUUUAUGCCGAGAGCUUUGAUGAUCUGGAAAAGCUCGCCAAGGUCUAUUAUCCCCGCGAGUUUAGCAUCUCAUCUAAUAACACCCAAUCACUGUAUAUCGUUCAUCGAUAUAAUCUGCUUCCCAGGAUCACUUAUCGCAAGGCUCUGGCCGAAGAUAAUGACGAUAUCAUUGAGAUCCACGAAUACGAAUUGCCCCAAAUGAGAGCCGAGUUCGGUGACUUUUAUAUAGCCGAAGAAUUGAUGCGACAGGAUGAGGAGGCCAAGAAUAAUGUCUUGAUUGUGGCCGAGACUGAAAACGAGCUUCAGGAAUUAACCACAUCUGGUUUUCUGUGGCUGGACUCAAAUGUGAACAUAAGGUUCUAUGUUAAGAACUACGAGUUGGAAACCUUUGGCAAUCUGAUGAAAUUCAAUCCCUCAAAGCCUUAUAGCUUUGAGACCAUCAAUGUUUUAUCAAUGGAGCCCAAGGUUGAGGCAAAUCUGUUUACAGCUGAUGCAAUGGACGAUUUGGAAUCCACAACAAUUUUGGGAGGUGUUCAACGCAAUGACAGUGGUGUCAGUGUGGCUAGUGGGGGCAAGUUCAAAGUCAGCUCGAUACAAGGAAAAAUUGUUGAUAACUCAAAGACGCUAAAUAAAUUCUUUAUGGUUGAAUUGCUUUAUCUGAAAUUCAUGUAUAUUUUCGAGAAUAUUAUCACGAUUAAGUACUACAAUGAUCAGCAAAAGAAAUCAAUUAAUCUGUUCUAUAAUACGGAUAAUCUGAAACAUACAGAUGGAGUUCAAAGAGCAUCGAAUGUGUUUGCCUUGAAGUUCAUCUGUGUUCACAAGGAUUUUCCGUUGGAUCGUUUAUUUAACUAUUUGUGCGCCAUGUUUUCGGUAUUUCCCGAUCGCGAUUAUUGCAUUAUGGAAAUUCCUCAGAGUGCCACGCCCCUGCGCAGUCAUUUGGAGGCGCUGAAAUAUUUUAUGCCCGUGGCCCAGCGACCCAGUGAGAUGAGCAACUUGGAUGAGAUCUAUAUAACACAUCGUAGCAAUAUCUUUGGUGAAAUCAGCUUGUAUCGUUUGCAACGAGAGGAUGCUGAUAUUGUUCAAGGUCUGGCAAAGAAUUUUCAAUUAGAAAUUGACAAAAAGGGUUUAUCGGCCAGCAGCAGCUUCUCCUACAGUUCAAAGGUCAAUACCCAUGCUCACAGUGACAACGAGUUAAUAGUUAUUGAGCAAAUAAUGGAAGAUGUUCUGGCUAAUGAUUCCAGCGACUUCGAUGUCUUUACCAUACGCUGUGGAAAUUCCAGUAAACCGGCCAAGGAAAAUACCGCAAUAGGAUUUGUGAUCCUCAGACGAUUCCUUUAUCAUGAUGAUCUGCAUAGACAUUAUCAUCUGCCCAAGGACGAUUAUCACUUGGUUCACGAACGUGCCGAGAUAAUAUCCCUAAAGUUACAUCCCUUAUUCCAUAAUAGUUGUGAUGUCAUCUUUCGAAAUCUGUCGGGAAAAACGAAAUAUUUUGAUUUCUAUUAUUUUUGUGCUCGUAAGAAACACAUAUUCUCAAAUGAUUUGAAAACGGCUAUGAUGCUUAUUGAACCCAAUUCCAGGAAGAAAUAUUGGUUCAAUACAAUACCAACACCUCAGAAACCUUCAAAAGAAAUUUAUGGUCUGCCCACUUAUGAUUAUAACGAAGAUCAUCUUACAAUCUAUCGUCACAAGUUGAAUCCAUCGAAAUUCUUUGGCAAUACAAAUCGCUUGGUCAUCAUUGGCUUUUCUUCCGAGUGUAGAGCAUUCUUGAGACAGUUGGUUUUUGUGUGGAACAGCAAAGAUCACAAGAAUGCGGAGACUUACACCUGUUUGCCACGUCUACAGGUAACUGUAAUUGCGGAACCUGGCACCGUGGAGGCCGAAUAUGAAUGCACUUUCCUUUGUCCUGAGUGCCAGCACUCAAAGAACUGCUUUAUGUACUAUGAGAAUACUUCCUGCUAUGUGCGUGAUGUUGUAGCCCGUAUGAAUCUCAGAUAUUGGGUGCAUUUUGUGGCCGGACACGUGAAUUACAUAAACAGGGACAAGAAGUAUGUGAAAAUCAACAAGAGUUGUGAAAUCUAUUACGAUACAUUGCUGCUGAUGAACAGUGUCAAAUUUAGCUUGAAAAAAGCUGUUACCUUUGAUGAACAGGGUCGUCGACCUUAUAACUUUAUUCAACUCAAUCAUCGCAUUGAUCGCUUUAUAUUGUUCUAUAAGGUUCGAGUUCUGUUGGAGGAUAUGAAACGUAGCUAUCGUAUACUCAUUUAUGGUGACGAUCUGAGCACAUAUGAGUGCAUUGCCUUCCUCAUCUCCCAUGGUGUAAGUCCUUCUCGAGUGAUCCUUGUGAUUCCCCAUGUGAAACUCGGCACUGAGGAAGAGCAAAAGUUUAAGACACCCACUGAUGAUGAAAAUAUACAAUUUAUUCUCGAUGAUAUGAUGGAGGACUUGGAUAUCACUAUAUAUAGAGAGUUUACCUUUUCCCAUUGGAUUCAACAUGGCGCCUACAAUUUUAUUAUCGAAGUGGUUUUUACAGACUUUAAUAAGAAAGAGGUCACCUUUGAUUGUGAUAUAUUCAUAUCCUUUAAUGUGGGCUACUUGGAUCGUUAUGUUAAGAAAUGGCUAAUCGAUUCGUGUAUUGACCUGAAUGACAAUCGCAUUCUGGUUAACAAAAACUUUCAGACAAAUGAUCCAGAUAUUUACGCAGUGGGAAACUUUAUAGAGUUUAAUGAACCCGUCAAUUAUCAAUAUCGUUUUACCAGUGAAAUGGAAACCGCACAAAAGUUAAUGCACAUAAUGGGCUUGCGUCAGUCUGAGAAACCCUUUCAGGAAAAGUAUUUACAGCCGGCUUUUUAUCGUGCCCUUUUACCACUGGAUUAUUUUAUUACGAAAGUGACAAUGCCGUGUCGAUAUUUGGCUAGUUGCACAGUUGGUUGUGGCAAGUGUACGCUGACCACCUAUAAUGAUCAUACCUUUUGUCGGAUUGGUCUAUCGUCCAAGAUGAUGGUGGAUGAGAUCGUUAUUGUAACCAAAGAUUCUUCAAGCCUUGAUUAUUUGGAGCAUUUCUGUGGCAAACAUGAGAAGAUGCUAAAUAAUCUAAAGUCACAUUAUCAGGACGGCAGUAUCAAGUGUUUCUUGAGGUUCUUCCAAGAGCCUUGGACAGAGCUUCUGAUGCACGAGGAUUUCGAGGACUUUCAGGCCGAGAACCACAAGCUUUUAAAGCCCAUGCUACUGACUCUCGAUCAGGUACGUAAAAAUAGUGCGGGAGCGCAAUUUCUUGAGGUCAAUCAACAUAUUUUGGAACACAAUCUUCUUGAAUUUGUGCGCACACAUCGCCAGGACUUUCAGCAUAAAUAUGCUUUACCCGAGGACUAUUUGGGAGAGGACAUUGGCGAAAUUUACAUGUCUCAAUCCAAAGGGACUAAAGCAAAUUUUAAAUGAAAUUAAAAUUGUAGUAAUAGAUCCAUGAAAUACUUGUUACAUUCUACAUUCACUCGAAAUAUAUGUAUUUCAAUUUUA